UGUUGGUUUUUGUUGUUAAAUGACAGUAAUAAUAAAGAUGUUAUCUGUGGUGACAGGUGGAUGAUUGGUGGUGUAUAUAUCCUCCGUCCCUCUACCGAAUCAAGUCAAAGUUUAUUUUUAGAUUUUGCAAUAAUUAAUUCAUGAAUUAUAAAUAAUAUGGGGGCCUACGUUUUUGUUUUUUGUUUUCUUCCAGGGGGGCAGUAAUUGAUCGGCAUAAUUAGAGGUAAAGUCAGUAAAAUCCUCCUUUAACAUGUGGAAAAAUGAUUGCCCUUUCUGCGUCGCUGUCUCCUUUGUCCCUGCAUGUCCCAUCGGCUCCCCUGUGUGUCCAUCUGUGGAGCUGGUAUCCCUCCCUUCCUCCCCGUCUCUCCUCCCACCGUGGACGCUCGGACGACGGACGUUAACUUUGCCCGGCAGCCUCCGGUGUGUACUCGUCGUCGUCGUCAGCCAUGUUGUUGGUGUGAUACACGGAUCUGUCAGCAACAGGUUUACCAGAGUUCACCAGCGUGGACAAAACUAAACAUUUCUCCCUGUAGUUGCGGCUCUCCGUGGACAGUAAACUUGACAGUGUGCCCGGGAAAGGGUCCAGAAGUGUUGGGGGAUCGGUUUUAGGCGGCUCGGAAACUCGGAAGUUGGUGUUUUCUUUGCUAUGACCGUGGGAGAGAAAGGUACGCCAGCGAAACUGCUUGUCUAAGCACGAGUGUAACUUUGAUGCUAGCUUUGUAAAGCAACAGCACGCCGACUUUUAACUUUUAUCUAUAUUUUUCCUUUUGAAUAAUGUCGGUAUGUUUCCUUGUGUCGCUACUUUGACUCCGGGAAAUAUGUGGGAAAAUGAUAUUUGAAGAGGUGAUGCUUCUCUGCCGAUCCCCAAACAGACUGGGGCUGUAAUUAGGGUUAGCUAGCUAAGUUCUGUUUUCUCCCGCUUGAUACGUUUGUGGACACUUUGUGGUUCGGUUUGAAUGGGUUCGUCUGUAGGAUAAGGCCAGAUAUGCCACAAAGGCAGAUUUGCCGGAAAAUCUCCUAAAUUCCUCUCGGUUGAAACAAGUCAGACAGGUUGCAGGUCUCAGUGACAAGUGAUCAGGGAAUGUAACUCUAUCAGUUCAUCAACAGACACAUAGAAGCUUGGAGGAUUGUCUGAGGCUCUGCAUAAAGGAGAGGUCUGUUCAGAGUGACUGGGCAGGUUUUUCGGCCUGUUGUGUACAAUCAAAGCCAGGAGAGGAUACGCACCAUCCCUGUCAGAUGGCCGUGAGCGGUAGCUGAGGACGUCACUGGGAGCCCCCCCCCCACCCCCCCACCCCCCCUGCAAAUAUGAAUGGUGGUCCAAGCAUUUGGGCAAUCUCCCCAGAGGAGAGGGAAAAACAUGAUCAGAUGUUCGACACCCUCUCCCCAUCGAUGGGAUACAUCUCAGGAGAACAGGCCAGGAAGUUUUUCCUUCAGUCAGGGCUCCCUUCAUCUGUACUGGCUGAGAUAUGGGCUCUGGCUGACAUGAAUCAUGAUGGGAGGAUGGACAGGUUGGAGUUUUCCAUUGCGAUGAAGCUCAUAAAGCUCAAACUUCAGGGAACACAGCUUCCAUCAACUCUGCCAAUCAUCAUGAAACAGCGUCCAGUACCUGCUCCCACCUCAGCCAUGCCCAACCCUGCAUAUGGUAUUGGUUCUGUGCCCAUGAUGGGUGGAACAAACUUUGCUAUGUUGACUCCUCUUUCCAUGGCGUCCCCUGGACUCUCACCUUUGACACCCAUGGCUGGCCUCACCCCAAUGGUUCCUACGACAGCAGGGCUGAACCCACUAAUUGCCUCAACACCCACAAGGCCUCUGAUGCCCACUGUGGGGAGCACUGCACUGCCCAAUGGCACCAUGGGAAUGCUCCAACCGAUGCUGGCUGGAGGUUUGACCACCGGCGUACCUCUUGGUGCUACAUCCUAUGUCUCACCGGGUGGACUCCCCACUUCUCUGCUGGACCUGGGAUCUGGCAGCUCUGCCUCCUCAACCUCUUCUGGGAUGUCUCCCAUGGCUGCUGUUCCCAGUGACUGGGCCGUUCCACACUCCUCCAGACUGAAAUACAGGCAGCAGUUUAACAUCUUGGAUAAACAGAUGGUCGGAUACUUAACAGGUCAACAGGUGAGAAACGCCAUGGCAACUACAAUGCUGACGCAGAUACAGCUGGCCUCUAUCUGGACUUUAUCUGAUGUUAAUAGAGAUGGGAAGCUGAACGCUGAGGAGUUUAUUCUGGCUAUGCAUCUUGUUGACAUGGCGAAGAUUGGACAACCGCUGCCACUGACCCUACCACCUGAGUUGGUACCACCCUCGCAGAGGAGUGCAAUGAACGGCUCCAGCUCUAACCUCUAUUCGGCUCUGAUUGAUGACCUGGAAGCUGAACCUCCGCAGAAACCCAAAACUAACUUGUCGUUUGAGGAUAAGUUCAAAGCCAACCUUGUGCAAGGGAACGCUGAGCUGGAGAAGAGACGACAGGCUCUGCUGGAGGCGGAGAGGAGGGAGCAGGAGCGACGUGCUCAGAAAGAACAAGAGGAGCGCGAGAGGAAGGAGAGGGAGGCCCGCGAGGCUGAGGAGAGGAGGAGGAAGGAAGAGGAGUGGAGGCUGGAGCGACAGAGGGAACUGGAGAGACAGAGGGAGGAGGAGAGGCAGAGAGAGAUAGAGAGAAAAGAGGCAGCCCAGCGGGAGCUCGAGCGACAGAGGAAGGAGGAGUUCGAGAGAAGGAAGAGGGGGGAGCUGAAGAUAAAGAAGGAGCAGGAACAGGAUGAUAUCAUCAAGCUGAAGGUGAAGAAGAGGAGUCUGGAGAUGGAGCUGGAAGCAGUGGGUGACAAACACCGUCAGAUUUCUGAUCGACUGCGUGACAUUCAGAACAAUAAGAAGCUCCAGAGGAUGGAGUUCGAUCUAAUUGAUCAAAAGAAAGACACACAGCAACAGGAUAUUACCAUGCUGCAAAGACAGAUAGAGGAUUUUCAGAGGAAGUUGUCCCAGCUGACUCCAGAGAAGAAAAGACUGACAGAAAAACUUCAAAAUAUGUCUGUGAAUAACCUGCCUGUUUCAACCAUUUCCACCAUGAAGGUGGGAGUCACAGAGAAGAGGGGGACAUGCAUGAAACUGCGCGAGAACCUAGAAACUUUGGAGAAAGAAACUGCUGUCAAACUAGCUCAGAUGGACCAGCAUAACAAAGACAUGUUGGAACUGCGGGAAAGCCAGAGAAAGCAGCAGGCGGCCCUGGAGAAACUGCGGGGUAUCAAAGAGGAGAAGCAGCACAAGUUGAUCCAAAGGAAGGAACAGGAAGAGGAGAGGAAGCGACAAGAGGAGGAAAGGCGCCGCAAAGAGGAGGAAGAAGCUCAAAGGCGUAUUAAAUUGGAAAAGGAGCGUCAUUGGCAAGAGAAGCUGAGGAGGGAUGAAGAAGAACGUCAGAAGAGGCUGGAGGAUGAGAGGGAGGCCAAAAAGAGAGAGGAAGAGGAGAGGGAGAGACAGGCUCUCAUCCAGGCUGCCAGGGAGCAGGCCGAGCGAGAGCUCAGAGCGAAGGAGGAGGUCGAACGAAAAAGAAGAGAAGAGGAGGAGAGGAAGAAAAGAGAGGAGGAGGAGCGUCUGAGGCAAAUAGAGAGACGCAGGCAGGAGGAGGAGAGGAGAAAACUGGAGGAGGAGAGGAGGAAACUAGAGGAGGAGAGAAAGAAGCUGGAGGAGGAGAGGAGACAAGAAGAAAAGAGGAGAAAAGAAGAGGAGAGAAGGAAAGAAGAGGAGGAACGACGCAAGAGGGAGGAGGAGGAAAGGAAAGAGGAGGAGCGCAGGAGGGAGAGGGAGGAGGAGGACAGAAGGAGACAUCGAGCAGCUGAAGCAGCCUUCCGAGAUGCUGAGGACAGGAAAAAGCGAGAGCAAGAGGAGAAAAGGAGAAAGGAAGAGGAGGAUAAGAGGAAGCGAGAGGAAGAGAGGAGAAGGCUUCAUCAGCAGCAGGAGGAGGAGAGGAAAAACACAGAGGAGAAGAAACGAAAGAUGGAAGAGGAGAGAAGGAAAGUGGAGCUGGAGGAGAAGAAGAAGAAGGAGGAUGGAUCCCGUAAGCAGCAGACGAAUGGAGGGAAGGUAGAUAUUCAGGAGAAGCUGACGGCUCUGCUGAGAGGACUGGAGGAGAGGAAAGGCGGACAGCCGAAAGCCACACAGCACAGGAAGUCCGCUGCUCUCACAUCCUUCAAAGCACUUUACCCGUUCACUGCACGAAACAAUGAAGAACUAAGCUUUGAAGCAGAGGAAAUCAUUGAGGUGGAUGAGACCGCGGAGCGAGAGGAGGGCUGGCUGUACGGCAGCAAACAGGGAAAGAUGGGCUGGUUCCCAGAAAGCUAUGUUGAAAAAAACGCCCCAUCAGAUACAGCUAAGCCCGCUGCCACUGCUCCUCCUAAAGUGUCGAUCCAGGCGCAGCUUUCCAACGUGCUGGAAGCUGCCAAGGCAGUGGGAACAAAGUCGGCUUUCACCCCAACACAGUCUCCACACCCUGCUCCUUCGGAAACACACGGACAGCCGGUGGUGGGGAACCUGUUGGCUCAGGCGCUGUGUUCCUGGACCGCCAAGACAGAAAACCAUCUGAACUUCAAUAAGGACGAUGUGAUUCGUGUGUUGGAACAGCAGGAGAACUGGUGGCUGGGAGAGCUGAACAAUGAAAAGGGCUGGUUCCCCAAAACCUAUGUGACAGUCCUGGGUGAAGAGGAUGGAGCAGAAGCCAAAAGCUCCCCUUCAGACGCCACAGAUUCUGUUGACAGCCUUCAGAUUGAAGAGUAUGUGGCGCUGUACACAUACGAGUCUCCGGAGCGCGAUGAUUUGACGUUCGCAGAGGGCGACGUAAUCUUAGUGAGCAAGCGGGAAGGAGAGUGGUGGCGCGGGUCGACAGGCGAACACACGGGCCUCUUCCCCAGCAACUAUGUCAAACCUAAAGAGGCAGAUACAUCAAGUGUAUCUGGAAAGAAAAAGCAGGAGAUCGCUCAGGUGGUCAAAGCCUACACCUCUGCUAGCCCAGAGCAGCUGAGUCUGGAAAAUGGUCAGCUUAUCCUCAUUUUCAGCAAGAACCCUUCUGGCUGGUGGCUCGGAGAACUUCAGGCGCGUGGCAAGAAACGUCAGAAAGGCUGGUUCCCUGCGGCUCAUGUUAAAAUAUUGGGAUCGAACAGUGGAAAAUCCACACCAGCCCAACAGCCAGUCUGUCAAGUGAUCGCCAUAUACGACUACGCUGCCGCCAACCAAGACGAGCUGAGUUUCUCUAAAGGACAGUUGAUCAAUGUUUUAGACAAGAGCAACCCUGACUGGUGGAGGGGAGAAGUUAAUGGGGUCACUGGCCUGUUCCCUUUCAAUUACGUCCAGAUGACCACGGACAGUGAACCCAGUCAGAAGUGGUGUUCAGACCCAACCAGCCUGGACUCUCUAACCCCCCAGGAGAAGAAGAGACAAGGUUACAUCCAUGAGCUGAUAGAGACAGAGGAGAGAUAUGUGGAAGACCUGCAGGUUGUAUUGGAGGUUUUCUACAAGCCAAUGUCUGAGUCACGCCGGCUGAGUGAAGCAGAGAUGGACAUGAUCUUUGUCAACUGGAGGGAACUUCUGGCUUGCAACAGUAAACUUGUCAAGGCUCUCCGUGGUCGGAAGAAAGCCAGUGGGGACAACAUGCCGGUGCAGAUGAUUGGAGAUAUCCUGGCCUCCGAGCUGUCCCACAUGCAGCCAUACAUCAGUUUCUGCUCAUGCCAGUUUAAUGGCGCUGCGCUGCUCCAGACUCGCACCGACAACGAGCCGGAUUUCAAGGCGUUCCUCAAGAAAAUAGCGACAGACUACAGGUGUAAGGGCAUGCCGCUGUCCAGCUUCCUGCUGAAGCCCAUGCAGAGGAUCACACGCUACCCACUACACAUGAAAAACAUCCUGGAGUGCACAGCAGAGGGCCAUCCUGACAGAGGUCCUCUGAAAGAAGCUCUGGAGAAGGCUGAGGAACUAUGUCAACAGGUGAACGAGGGUGUUAGGGAGAAGGAGAACUCUGAAAGACUCGAGUGGAUUCAGAACCACGUACAGUGCGAUGGAACUGUUGAGAAUUUGGUCUUUAACUCUCUGACUAACUGUUUGGGCCCCAGAAAACUGCUGCACAGCGGUAAGAUGUACAAGGCAAAAAGCAACAAGGAGCUCUGGGCUUUCCUUUUCAACGACUUUCUGCUUUUAACUCAUGCUGCCAAACAGUUUACCUCUUCUGGGCCUGACAAACUGUUCAGCAAGAGGAACAAUGUCCAGCUCAAGAUGUAUAAACCACCUGUGCUGUUGAACGAAGUUCUGGUGAAGCUUCCGGAUCCCUCCAGCGACGAGCCCGUCUUUCACAUCUCCCACAUUGACAAAGUCUACAUACUCAGGACCGACAACAUCAACGAACGGACAUCCUGGGUUCAGAAGAUAAAGGUGGCUUCUGAGGAUUUUAUCGAGACUGAAAAGAAGAAAAGGGAAAAGGUUUAUCAAGGUCGUUCCAUAAAGGCCACUGGAAUUGGCAGACUCCUCGUCACCAUCUUGGAAGCCACUGAACUCAAGGCAGCAAAACCCAACGGUAAAAAUAACCCUUACUGCGAAGUGACCAUGGGUCCUCAGGCUUUCACAUCCAGGGCGCUCAACGACACCCUGAACCCCAAAUGGAGCUUCAACUGUCAGUUUCACAUCAGAGAUAUCUACCAAGACGUCCUCUGCAUCACCAUCAUGGAAAGAGACCAGUUUUCACCAGAUGCAUUCCUUGGGAGGACUGAGAUUCCUGUGGCAACCAUAAAGAAGGAGGUGGAGAAUAAGGGACCAGUGACACGCCGUCUUCUGCUGCAUGAAGUUCCAACAGGGGAAGUGUGGGUCCGCCUGGACUUGCAGCUCUUCAAAUAGGAAAGGGACACUAGGUACUGUGUCCUUCACAGUAACACCUGAAUGGGUGCAAUUUACCAAAGAGGACAAGAAACAGAACCCCUGAACUGUUUCAUGUACAAUGCCUUAAAAAUGCAAUACUAACCUGAACUAAUACCUCUUGUGAUGUUGCCCCCGUCCGCUUGUUGGGAAUAGAAGCUGUGAGGCAUCAUCUGUACUCAGCAAUAGGAAUUUUUGUUUAUGUUUUUUCUCCUUUAUGAAGGAAUGCAUGAGCGACAGUUUCUAUUUGUAUUUACACUGUAAAGGCCUCGAACAAAGGCUUCCCAGUCAGAGAACACCCUUUUAUGUUUUUAAAACCCUUAAAGCAGAAAAAUGACAUACUCCUCUGUAGUAUCUCACUGCUCUGCUACAACAGUCCGGUUAUAUUCCCUCUUUGCCAAAACAUGUCAACAAAGGCCAGCCAACAAGUUAAUGAUCAAGGAGCUAUUGUUUUAUUCCAGCUGUCUGGACAGGUGUUAAAGUUUUAAUUUUUUUUUUCCUGAGGAGAUGCUGACCAACUGUUUUUGAGAGACUGAUCUGAUCAUGGACUGUUUGACUCAUCUUCAUCAUAGGCUUCACAAACAAUACAGGACAGAUGAUGGACGGCAGCAUGAAAUGCAUCGGACUGCGGGGAGAGAAACUUAAGUUUGUCGCUCUCUCCUCCAGUCCGUUUACGAAUGUAUGUAGAAGAUCUCAGGACUUCAGGAGGUCAAGCCUCUGUCCCUGUAACAACACUCAGUAUUCAUAUUUUGUGUUCUGGUGUGUGUCUGUGUGUGAAGUUUUAUGAUGCUCAAAUUGUUAGAAAGCAAGGGUGAGAUGACUUUAUACCCAUGUAAGCUUUAAUUAUUAGAGAAAAUGCAGAGAAAUGUCACUUUUUAAGUUUUUCAAAUAAGGUCAGGCUUGAUUAUGUUCUUACUUAUUUUCAGUUGGCAUAAACAAUCAAGGCCAAAUAACUUCAAGUAAACAUAUAAGAUGCUGACCUUCCUGUGUUUCUCUUACAGAUGAAAGAUUUAAGGGAGUUAAAGUGGCACAGAAAAAUUAUUACCCGUGGAAUUUAUUAUUCUUUUGUCACAAUAAAUGGUAAUAUUUAUUUUUCUUAUUACCAUCAUAAUUAACAAAUAUAAUAAUAAUAAUAGUAAUAAUGGGAUCAAUUUAUUAUUAUUAUUGAGAAUAAUAGUGAUUUAUGUUUGUGUAAUUGGUGACAAUAAAUCUAUAAUUAAUUAGUGGGAAUUUAUAGAUAUAUAAUCCAUAUAAAUAAUUAUAAUUUUUUGUAGGAACUAAAAAAGAAUAAAUAUUUUUAGAUCCUCAGCCCUUGAAAGGAAGGCAUAAAAAAAGAAAUUUUAUAUCUAUUGUAGAUUAAGUUGGACCUAUAUGUUUAUUUUUUAUUUUGCUUUGCUUUCACUGCUGUCCAAAACUCAAUUUCUUGCUUCAUUCAAAUUAAAAAAAUAAAAAAUUCUGAUUUUGUCCCAUGUUUUUUUCACCUGCUGAUAAACCAUAAAGCUAAAAGAGAAAAUAAAAUAUAUUUUGUGCCCUUGAAGGCUUUUUGUAUCUUUUGCCUUGUUUUUAUUCUCUCUCGAUCUGUUUUCCUGUUCUGGAUACAAACAGACUUAAUAUUUAUUUCUUUAUUUAUGCGCAUGACUAUCUAGAAGUUUGGAGAGUUUUGUUGCAUCAUCAGCUGGGUAAAGCUGAGUUUGUCGUUCACAUGUGUGAAACUAGUCAAUAAAGUCUGUUGAAACUGUUUUAACCUUAAGAAGUCAGACCUGCUGCAUGUUUUCUAUCAUUUUUGUCUUGUUCAUUUAGUUUGUUUUUAAGUAUCGUAUUAACAAAUGUUAAAAUGUGUUAUUUGACUUGAUCAUGUCUUAUCUGUAUAUUGGUGUUAAAAUUGUUCUGAGUUUUAGUUUUUAUUUUCUGUAGAAGUCUGCAAUGACUGCUGCUGUGCCUUUCUAAUACAGUUUUUGACCUUUACGUGACACCCUGAGUCAGGUUUUCAGAAGGCCGAAUAAAGACAUUAAAGCUGG